GGCACUCUUUUGCUAAACACAAGGUGACAUAAAGCGAGUUCAUCAGAAAUUCUGAUUCAGAAUUUUUUAUUUUCUAAACUUUGGACAAAUUUCCGAAAAAGUUUACAAAAAUAUCGUCAGGUUCAUAAACAUUAUGGCACUGAACAUGAGCCGCGCCAUGCUUCAAGCCGAGUUUGACUAUGAUCACAGCAAUGCUGAUCAUGUUUUCGAACACCGGACAAACUCGGGGCUAAGUUUUAAUAAUCGAGAAAACCCUGCGAUCAAGGUCCACAAACCAUUCACGGUCACAGUACAAACUGGGAACAAUUUGGGAAAAGUGCGAUGGUUGCAGGACAACGCUACUCAACUAAUUCCAGAUCCUCACGCCACGGAGCAUUUAAUUUCAACGACGUGCGGACAAUUGAAAAGUGAUAUCACCCUGUGGAAACUAUCAAUUGUUCAAGACGAGUAUGGAAAGUUUAAUAGUCAAGUGAAUAGUUUAUGCACGGUUGAAUCCCCAGCGGAUGUGACUGAUGUUGUGGCAGUGACUGAUGAAGUGUUUGCGGUGACCACGUCUCAAGGAUCUCUUUCUUUGUACAAAUGUCCACGGAAUGAAGAUGAUACUUUUAAUAGGAUUGAGCACACUUCGACAAAGCAUCUUCAUAAUCUUAGGUCGGGCUCGUUUGAAUGUCCUUGCCCUGCUCGCGCAGUAGCGACCAAUUUUUCAUCACUGGUUAGUGUUGGCGAGGAUGGAUCAAUACAUCAAAGUACAGCGACAACCAAUGAGAAUGUUAGGAGUUUGGACCAUGCCGAUCCACUCUCCAUUUAUUGCGUAGACUUUGUUAGUCGUUCAGAAAUCCUUACUGGGAAUGGGGGAGGUCAGCUAAAAAGAUGGGAUCUUAGAGAACCAGAAAAUAAACCUGUGCAAAUUCUAAAUCCAAACUUUGCGAUGAACAAUAUUUACGGAGUCAUCAGUUUAGCUGUUCAUCCUUCCCAGAAACAUUUAGUAAUUGCUGGUUAUCAAUCUGGGUGCAUGGAUUUAUAUGACCUUCGAGGAGGAUCGAGAUGUGACCCAAUUGCAAAUCUGGCAAGUAACGAAGGCUCAUUAAGCGAACUUUAUUUCCAUCAAAUAAAUCCGGAUCACUUCUUCUCGUGUUCUUCUUCUGGCCAAGUUUGCCAAUGGUAUCCUGGUCAUGGUUCUUUUAAUAUGCAAGCAGAUGGAUUGAUGUACACACCCGAUGUUAAUAUUGAAUUCCUUAAACGCGGACUUAUCUUCAAACAGUUAAAUACUUCUUUGUUUCCUGUUAACUCAAUGAAUGUGUCCAAGCAUGACAGAUUAAUUUCUGGUGGCGACAGCGGCGUUUUAUUCUGUACGGAGAUAAGUGCACAGUAAUAAAUACGUUUUUUACUAGAGAUAAAUUAACUAUAUUUAUCUGUAAGUUGUUGAUCACUUCUGGUUAUCAUAACAAGGUUCCCUGUAUAUAAUUAUCAUUUUUUGAUAUCAAAUAAAUCUGCAUAAGCAAUAGUCCCACAAAA